AUGCGCUGCCCGGCGUCCAUUCAUUGCGUCAUCCAACACCUGCCCACUCCAACUUGUCUUGUCCAACGCUCUCGACGAUAUCCCCUCCUCUACUCCAGCCCACCCUCUCUUCAGUCUCAGAAUCGCCUACUCCAUCACCUUCCAUAUUCUGCAACUAUCUCGAAACCUGCACUUCAUCCACAGCAAAACCACUACCUCCCCGCCGGACCACUACUCUCCUCAUUCUCAACCUCCACCGCCUCCACCAUGUCCUCCGACGAUGCCUACAAGUCCUUCCUGGACAAAGCAAAUGCCGACCUCGACGCUGGCCGCGCCUCAGAACCUUCCUCCACCAUCCGCACCCAGACCAUACAUACCUCCCUCAAGGUGCCUGCACCGCUGCGGUCUGUCGAUGCAUACUACGUCUCUGAGACGGAUGAGCCGUUCGAACCUGUUACUCUGAAAUGGGACGGUGCUGCGCGCGGCAGCUGGCCCAGUGCAGCUCAACUCUCUUCCCUCAUCUCCCCAGAUGCAGACCUAUCGAAAGCCAUCUCAACUCUCUCCCCCGCCUCCUUCGACCCGAAGAACCAGUAUGCCUCUGCCCUAAACGCGGUGCGAGCUGCUGCCGUUGAGAAAGCGGAGGGCGAAGACCAGUCAUCUGUUGAUGUCAAGGUGUACAGAGUGGAGCUGGAUAAGACGCGCGUCGAGUACUGGGUUCUUGCGCUGCAUGCGCCGGAGAGUCAGCUUGUCGGACUGCGCGCGAAGGCUGUUGAGUCUUAA